GCGGUCGAACGGGAAGGGUGUGCUACGCGCGUUCCCGGCGAGUUUUUCGGAAGCAAGCAAGCGGUCGCUCGUGCGUGUACACACCGUUGCGCCCACGGGGGACGCGUUAUCGUGCUGGAAGGCUUUUAUGCGCAUCCUGCAGUUGGAGCGGUACGGUUCGAUAGUGCGUGUUGUAUGCAAAAAAAAAAAGUGUCCAUUCUACUGAAGAGAAGAACCAUACAGUAUCUUUAUAUAGUUUUGCACUGGUUCUGUUCAAUUUACACCUUUUCCAUCAAUCAGUGUUCUACAACAGUGCAUACAACAGUUGGUGUCAUAUUUACGUGUGAAAAGAAAAAAAAAGGUGUUGAAAUAAGCGUACAAAACCAAGCGAUUUGUUUUUUGAGGCCCAAAACCACAAGCCGCUGUAAAACGCUCCUGCAACAACAAGCGUUAGUGAUUGAAAUCCACUUUCCUGUGUUCCGAAAAGCAACAGUGUAAGCUCGAGUGACAGGAGCGCCAAACGAGUGUGCGUGUGUGUGUGACAGCAUAAUUACAGUGUCUGCUGAGCUUCUGCUUGCCAUCGAUUCGCCGGUAAAGCCCAACAGCAGUAGCGGGAGCAAACAAUCAUCAUCGUGUGGUUACGUCGAAGCGACCCGUGUCGUGGGUUUCGCCAAUUUUAUCUACACUAAAAAUACAUCGAUAACGUUAAGCAAAAACACUGAGCAUCGCGGCUAGGAAAAAGGUCCGGAGUUGGUCGAAACAAAACCCGAACCUCAACGACGAAGCCGGAAUGAAGUGAAGCUCUGGCUCUGCCUGCGCGUGGUGUAAGAAGAUUGCUGAUUAACGGGCACAUCAAAACGGCGGAACGUGGUCGUCGUCCUGGUUCGCGUCUCCCGGGGAGGACACAAUUCCUGUCACACAACUCCAGCCCCGCCCAGCUCUGUAAUAUGUGGUUUUGCGUCGCUACAAUGUAAAGUGUUGUUGUUGCUGUGUCCGGUGGCAACUUUGCAAAUGUAAUUUGUAUCAGAUUUUCCAGCUAGGCAGUGCGUAAGUGCGUGUAGCAGGCUUUCAUUUACCGCGGGUGUAUUGGUGUUUGUGUGGUUAAGAAGUGCGUUGCGUCUCACAAUGGCAUGAAGGAAAGGUGCCCAUGCUAACGGUGCUGUGAUUGUGUGUUGUUCACCUCGGUGUAAGUGUAUUUGUGUGCUACCCCAUCUCCCCUCCCCAGUGUGAAUGUGGAUGAGGGGCAGUAUAAAGGGAAAGGAAGAAGCCGUUUGUUGUAGGGAAGAAGAAGAAGAAGAAGCAGUAGUGGUGUGCGCCAGGGGUUGAAGAAAAAGGGCCCACCGCCGCUGCCGCCGCAUUGCACCCGGGGCACUAGCACCACCGGGCAGGGCGGGAAAGGGAGUGUGUGUAGUGGUGGCGUUACAUGUGGGAAAUGUUAGAUCCCGACCUAGAGUGUGGCAAUGAGUGUGGUGGGCCGGGGCCGCCCCCCGAGUUUCUCGUGCCACCGCCACCCCGGCCCCCGUUUCUGGCGGAGCUGGUCAACUGCAACGAGGAGCAGCUGCUGCUGCAGCAGACGACGGCACCGUUCGGUGGUGGAGCCGGCGGGGCCGCCGGUUCCUUCGCCGAGGUCGACAUGUGCGAAGCGUUCCCGAUCAUCGACGCCAGCUACCACAGUGGUCCAUCAUUCCAAACCUCCGCCAUGAUAGUGCUGUGCUCGGGGCUACUGUUGUUAGUCAUAUUUAUUUCAUCGUUACUAGUGUGGAAACACAAACGAAAAGUUCAAAACUUCCUGCCAUGCAAGACGCCAACCCGCGGUCCGCCCCAUCUCGAUGCGACAGGUGUGCCGGCCGGGCACGCGGUGACGUACGAGGACCCGGACGUACACUUGGGCCACCAUCCGCUCGUUAUGCGGCACCAUCAUCAUCAUCACCAUCAUCAUAACAUGGAGCUGCACGCAAAGCAGAUCCACUAUCCGAGCGGAUAUCCGAUGCCGCGGUCGCCACCAUUGUUCAUCUGCUCGUCGCCCGGCCCGGACCCGUACCGGUCGCACGACAACGUGUACGAGGAGCUGGAGCAUGGGCCGGGCCGGGACACGGACUCGGAGCCGCCGAUCCAGUCGGACGACGACUUUGCCGAGGACGAGCUCAGCCUGCCGGGCGACCGGUCCUUCCACAAGUCGCCGUCGGACGGUGGCACCACGGUCGCUACCAUCUACCACGACCGGAGCAACGGGGGCGGCAGCAGCAACAGUGCGGUCACGACCGCUUCCGCCUCGACCAUGCCCGUUACGGACGGCGGCGGCGGGUGUUGUGCGGCGGGCGUAGAGGGGAGUGUUGGUGGACCACCAGCACCAGCAACGGUGGCGGCUUCGGGCCCAUCGUCCGCCUACCUGGAGCGGAACCGCACCGAGCGCAACUCGCUCCUGUCGUCCUCGUCCUCGUCCGGGAAUGACAAUACACAUCCGCUGGCACACCCCCACCACCACCACCACCGGGGCGGAACGGCGGCGGUGCCACCGUCUUUGUCCGCCGGCGGCCUUAACGGAGCUGGCAAUAGCAACAACAAUAACAAUAAUGGAAGCAGCGGUGGUGGUGGCAACAGCAGCGGUAGCAGCAGUGCGAGCAACAGCAACCGCAACUCCAACUCCAGCACGGAUUGUGGGAACAACAGCAGCAACAAUAAUAAUAAUAACAAUAAUAGUAACAGCAGCGGCAGUUCCAGCCUGCCCAACGGAACCGGCGGCACCACCACGCACUGCAAUGGUGUUGGUGGUGUGUUGGGAUUGUUCCGGUCGCGCAAGCACCACCCGGCGGCGACGCUGGGCAGCUCCGGACGGAGGCAGGCGGCGCCGGCAUUCAACAGCUGCUCGCUGGACGGGGGACCGCUCGGCGAGCCGGUCGUACUGCCGCCAAUGUACGACGAUCGGGGCAUGAUGACGUUGCCGCCGCCCGCCUACGCCCAUACGCUCACGACGACGACGGGGACGACGGGGACCGGGGGUCACCAUCAUCACCAUCCGCUGCACCACCAUCCGCACCAUCAUCACCUGAACAGUGUCAAUAACAACUCGCUCGGCAAUCAGCACAACCAUCGGUCGAACUACUACAGCAUGAUCGACGACGACGGCGGGGCUGCGUCGGAACCGCUCGAUCCGGUCGAGCGGCGGAACCGCAUCAACGCGCAGCUGUCCGCGUCGGCCGGCGGCGUCUCCACCAUCUUCCGCAAUGGCCACCGGACGGCGGGAACCACCGUAGGCGCACCGAUCGGCGGCUAUGGCAGUGGUCGCUCGCGAACGAAUCCACGCCGGCACGGCCGAAAUGGUAACAACGGGAGCCAACAGCAGCAACCGCUGGCCGUGAUAUCGGCACCGCAGGACCCGUCGCAGUACAUCUACCACGAGCCCGUCUUCCACGAGGGCCUCAUCUACGAUGGGUGCCUGUCGCACACGUACAGCGAUCGGAGCGGGGGCAGCGGCAGCACCGGCACCGGCAGUACCGGCGGCGGCGUUGCCUACCACCAUCCGUACAUUCUGCCCCAGUUUACCACCUUCCGGAAUGGCGGUGGCGGUGGUGGUGUUGGUGGAAGUGUUGUUGGAGUACCACCUUCAUCGCAUCCGGCCGGCACCAACGGUGGUCAUUCGAUCUACUCGCGCGAUUCCAGCUUCGGGUCGGACUCGGGCUACAGUCAGCACACGCAAACGUCCAACCGGAGUGUCGCCGGCUGGAGCCAUCGGCGGCCGGCUGGCGGACAGUCGGGGACCGGCACCGUCGUCAACCCGAAGGUAGCGGCGACAGCAACCGAUCAGCAGCAGCAGCAGCAGCAGCCACCGCAAUCAACGAUGGUGGUCGAUUCUUGAGAGAAAGCUACCGUACUACCCGGACGACCGUUCAUAUCCAGUAUUGUAUACGGCAAGAUACUGCUCUGAGGUGUGCGGACAAGUCAAACUUGGCUAAAACACGGCGGGGAGCGCCUGUAGACACACACACACACACACAGAGAGAGAGACAGAGACAGAGGCGUUGGUUCUGAGAGUGUCUGAGUAGAAGGUCGAAGCGGAUGUGUUGCUAGAGCAGUAGUAGACAGAAGAAGACGAGAAGAGAAAAAAACCAAGAAUGUGAUUUUAAUUUUAGUAUCAAUCUCUCUUAAUGCCGCCCUCUUUAUUGGACGGUGUUUUGUAGUGGUAGUAGUAGUAGUGGUAGUAGUAGCAGUAGUAGUUGUAGUCCGGAGAAGAAUUAAUAGCUUGUAAAGAGAAGGAGAGGUUAGUGAGUGAUAGACGCUUCGUUUGUGUACAGUUUUCAAUGAGAAAACAGGCUCUUCUCGGCCUGUUAAGAGAGAGAGAGAGUGCAGAGGGUAUUCGGGGAAAGUAGACAACCUGGAAUAGGUGGGAGGAAGACCUGAUGUCCAAAUGCUGUCCUGUCAAAGUUACUAGAUAUUUGUAAUUUCUGCUCCUUCCAGAGCGGUGCAACAAUUGUGUACAGAUACGGGAAAUACUCGUGUGCGUGCGUGUGAGUGUCGUUUGUGUGAGUGAGCGGACGUUUAUGUGUGUGUGAUAGGUACUUAAAAAUGGCAGUCAAAAUGAGAGCUUUUCUUACACAUAAUCGUAUCUUAUAAACAGAAGAAACACACAUACAAAUGUCCUCGCUUACAUGAGACCCAAACACCGCGCAUACAAGUGAACCCUCCUUUUUGUGUGAGAAAGAAAGAGAGAGAGCACAGUCCACGAAUCCUAACUGAGAGAGAGAGAGAGAGAGAGAGAGAGAGAAAAAGCAGGCCGACGGCGAGAAGUUAAAGGCAGCAUUUAGUAGCAGUAGUAGUAGCAGCAGAAGCAGCGAUGUGACUAGGGAAAGGAAGGAGUUUUUGUUUGUGUGGUUGUUGCAUACACCACGUGUCAUGUACAUAUACGUCUUACUACACACUCCCUCCUUCCCUCCCUUUUCAGACAAAACCCUCCUAGUCUUAGAAAGGCGGCAGCCGGCGUGGGAAGGUAAAGCAAUUCCCGCCUGUAUUUAGAGCAUUUGGUUUUUUCGCGUUUUUAAUGUCUGAUGAUCACAUGAUCGGUCAGGUCAGAUUGUAAAGCACGGGCAGUAGGGCAGAAUUAGGCAGAACAUUCGGUGUUCGGUUUCGGCGAGUUUACUCUUGUGGUUGUAAUUUGUACGUAAUUACGCAAAAUGGCGCCCGGUGCCCCCAGGGUGGUUGUCCCCUCCUUCCCCCUCCCCCGCGUCCGUUGGUGUUGUGGGCCGAUAGAUUCUUACCGAUCGGAAGCGGGAUCGAUCUGCUGCCCCAUGCUGCGUCUGUUGCUUCUUACUCAAGCGUGUGUUUUUUUAUGCAAUUUUAGCAUUGUUUUUUUCUAUUACAAGCAGUUUUGCGCUGCGAGUUGCAUACUUUGAGGCGCUUACACUGCGCUGAUGAUCGUACAUUCGCUUGCAUUUUUGUUUUGUUUUUUUCGUGCUUUGCGUGUGAGGUGUUCGUGUGCCAAACUACAUUUCUGUAGCAUCAUUACAUGGAUUACGUAGUUGGACUUGGAUUUUAUUUUUUUUAUUUGUUUCCAUCUGGUGUUUUGGACUGAUGGCAACGCCAUCGCUUGCGCUGCGUUAAGUGGUUACCCGCCCUGUUUUCACUGCGCAAUUCCAAUUUGCAGCAGCUCUGUUGGUUGCGUGACAAAGAAGCUCCUCCUUGAAUGGAGAAUGAUCACAGCGAAAUAAUGAUGCAUUGCGUUGUUGUUUUUUUACACGUACACCUCUUUCUAAUUGCUGUCAGCUUGGUUUUGUGUUUUAAGCCACGCCUUUUAACCACUUUAUGGAGAUGACUACCUAUAACACAACAUUUUCAGUACAAUGUGUGCAUUUUAAAAUGGAUUUUGUCUUUUGAGUUGAAAGUAAGAAGUAAAUGCAGAAAUGGAGCGCUCGCACAGACCCCCAAAAACUACGACGCGGGAUCGCGGGUAAAUUGUAAAAUGGCGCCGAAACAUAAUGAAACUAUGAUAGAAUAAAACCCCUGUGUAAAUACUCUUGUACAGUGCGGCUAGAGCGUAAUAAUAAAAUAAUAAUAAUAAAAACAAAAGUCAACAAGAAUACAAGCUAUAAACACUGAAUCAAUGAAGACGAAAGCAAACUCCUGCAACCGUUCAUGUGUAUGUGUGUAUGUGUAUUUUGUUUAAUUGUUCGCGCUCUGUUCAAUUGGACCGAUUUGGCAACUCUUUGUUUCUCUUGCGCUUGUUUCCUUUUCGCAUCGGUAAUGGAAAUAUUUGUAUUGUUUUCGUUCAAGUUUUUCACUUUUUAUUGUUUUUUUUCUUGUUCCUUUUGUUUAGUUCUGCUUUCUAUUCCCUGAAGAAGAUUUUUUUUUUCGAGAAUCAGGAACCUUCUAACCGUUUGUUUAUUUUUUAAAUCAAUCAACUCUCUGUACCUGUUCCUAUUCAUCACACUCUUCCCUCUACCGCUCGGAUGAGCUGAAAGGAAUUAGAGAAAGCAUAGUAUGUGAAAAAAAAACACAUAACAGCAAGACUAAAGGAAACAAUCUUUCUUUCCUCUCCAACCUUAGCUCUCCCUUCCCCUGUGCUUCCCUCAGUAGAAAUUACACCGUGUAGUGUUGUCACGAAAUCGUCGUGAUUGUGUGUUUUCGAAACAGUGAACAAAAAUCACUACCGAACCCCCUAGCAAGCGAACAGAUGAAGCAAACACAAUAUGGUUAAAUAGAAUGUGUACAUGAAAUUACUGAAGCAAACCACUUACAGCAAGACAACACAGGGAAUACAAAAUGUCCAGUGAGCAGAGUGGGUAAAACUAAAACUGGAAAAGUAGUGAAAAUUCAACGACGGUGGAAAAGAACCUGCAACACACAAGCGAAGAGAAAGAUUACCAUAUCAUUUUAGCAUGUAGCAAAGGGAAGUUAAACAGGGGAAGGAAGAAAACAAAACACGAGAAAAAGAAGAGUUUCCUGAUUCGAAAGCAAUCCUAAUGCCAAACAAAAAGAGGUAAUAAAGCAACAAAAGAAUAUAAAGCGAAAGACAGAAAGAAAGAGAGAGAGACAGGAAUUAUAUCAAAACCAAAUGAACUGAAACAGAAAGAGAGAAAAAGAGAGAAAAUAAACGUUUGAAAGAUAAGCAAGAAGGAACAGCAGGUCGAUUACGUGUACAUAGUGAGGUGCAAAAGUGAAACAAAAACCAUAAGCAAAGUGAAACAAUCGAACGCUAAUCAUUCGGGGAAGAGCGAUAGUUUUCUUCAAAUAUUGCAAACCUUCUAAAGAAGAGGGACUCGCAGAUCGCAAACAAAAUACCACAACAAAAACCACUACCCGCAACUGCAAGCCAGCCCCCUAUCAAUCUUUUCGCUCGCGUCCCUCUAUCUUUCAUCGAUCUGUUUUUUCCCCCUUCAAAUCAAACAAACUCCUCCCAUU